CUACAUCAGUACUAGUACCGGUCCGUCUAGCUGGUUGACCGAGCAUGUCUACUACCGGACUACAAGACUUGCUGCACCUUGAUCCGAACGUGACUUGGAGUGCGGACCGUCACUCGCGUCAGUAUCAAAAUUAAUUCAAAUCUAGCUCUGCCAUCCUACCUAGUUCAAGUAACAGUUAGUUGUAGGGAAAACAAAACGACUUCAUGACUGUUAGAAUACUCCACAAUCAUGUACUUGUACUGCACGGCACAGCUGGUACUGGCCCGCUCAGUAGCGGCCUUCCUCACAACUCAAAAGUCAAAAUCAUUCACGCCAAGUCAAAGUGACAGGAUCGAAUAGGUGUCAGGUUUCUCGUUCGUGGACUGAUCACAGCUUCUUCUUCAAGAGCAUCUCUCGAACCAACCAACUGACAUGAUGCGCGCACUUUCCAAGCCUCACCGCCUACUUCGCUUCAUUCUCAGUCAACACAAACAGCUCUGUGAAGAAGUUUAAUUAGGCAACUGAAAACAUGAUUCUGUAGUAGGGUUGAUUCUGAAUGAAAUUAGUUGUUUGCAGUUGUUGCUGCUCUGACACGACGUAGAUCGUCGCAGUCCUUUCCGUCCACUGGUCCAAGCUACAGCCAAUAGCCUGAAAUCAUUGCCAUUGGUGAAGAGCUUGGUUUGCGCUUGCCGCUAUGGCUUCUGCCAAUCCCGAGGGGCCGGCAGAAAAUGUGACAACGCUGAAAAGAAACGCCGACCUGAAGCUCGCUGAUGUGUUCGUUACGGAUGCGCAGGUGUCCGGAAUCAUCGACUAUCAAGUGUUCGAGAAGAAAAAGAAGAAGACUCGCUACUCGUACGUUGUGUUUGUUACUUGGUCCGAUGGGAAAACAACGACAGUAUGGAGAAGUUACAAUACGAUCUUCAUGUUUCAAGUUGACCUGCUUCGAAAGUUUCCUGAGGCAGCCGGAGAGAAAGCAGACAAGGAUGGUUACAGAAAGCGAAUCAUCCCAUACUUGCCCGGUAAGAAGCUAUUUACACGUAGUGAUGCCAAGCUUGCAUCACAGCGCGAGCCGCAGAUUGCCGAAUGGGUUCAGAAGAUGGUGAAGCUACCAGAAAAGGUUUCACGCUCUGAGUUUGUAGUGGACUUCUUCCGUAUAAAAGAAAGUGAUCCUACUUAUAAGAAAGAAUUGACAGAAAUGGCGGACCAACCGUCGGAGCCCACCAAUGAUGUCACCGAUCCCAAGAAUGGUGCCACAGCAAACGGCGAUGUAGAACCAGCAGCUGCUGCUGCUGCUGCAGUUUCCAUCGAAGGAUUGACAGUGAACAUGGUGAAUACAGCGCCAGAAGAGCCUUCUGCGCAUCAAGUUAGCUCUACCGUUGCUGAGGUCUUUGUAAACGAAGGUCGGGUUGAAAGUCCAGAGAAUCCGGCGACUCCCACGGAGGAUGCCAAUACAGAGCCUGAGCCUGACCCCAACCAGGGAUCUGAAGCUACGGAGGAGGAGGACAGGGCGGAGGAAUCAACUACUGACAACCAAGAAAACCAGGAUGAUGAUGCUGCUGUGGCAAGUUCAACAAGAGAUGAACCUACGACGAUGACAGGAGAGCCUAGCACUGAUGAGGUGUCGACUGAGAAAAAGGACGAGACGCUUGAAGCAAGUACAGAAGAUAAUGCUACUACUGAGAAGGAUGACUAAAGUAUAAAGCCACUAUCAGGUGACCAACAAGGGCACUCUUUGGGAGAACAUUCAACAUUGCCAUCAGUAUACAUGUAUCUCUGAGUGAGUGCCACCAUGAGGAGAGUGAGAGCCACUCAAGCAUGCCACUGGCAAAGUACGUAGUACUAUAACUGUCUAUACUCAAGUGGUCCAUAAAACUUGCAUACACACAGUGUGAAUGUCGGCUGCGCUGGACGUGCCUUUACAUUUACACUGGGGAUGUCUACUGGCGAUGGUUACCAUGGUUACUGCAGCAGGAGUGCUGGACACUUCUUUCCUUCACAGCUAGAUUCCAAGUGCUGAUGCAGCAUAGUUUAUAUAUUCCCAGUAUUGGGUAGAUUACUAUUUCCGUUUUGCUUAUUUCAGAUUAGUCAGUGUCAUCUCUCAUGAAACAUGGUAUGAGUAUUCUAUUCUUAGUCGAACCUAAACAGUAUUGGUCAGAGACAGUAUAGUAUGUGUGACAGGGCUUUCUGGGUACUAGCACUGAUGUACCACUGCAUACAUUUGCAUAUGGAACGAUGAUUGCGAGGAGUUUCUGCAGGUUGUCUGCGAUUGCCAAAACACACAUUGCAUCCUACCAGAGCUGAUCGGCGUGGAAUGAGACAAUCUGCCACGUGAUCACACUGUGUUUUACAUGCUGAAGAAGCUAAGCAUGGGCGUGUGACCGGGC